AGUUUAGAUUUAACACUGCUUGACAGCACAACACGUUCGUCGUAGAUUCAGUGUUUUCUUUUUAUUUUAUAUUUAAUCUUACAAAUAGAAUACAAACAGUGUAAAAAAUAAUAUUGAAAAGAAAAAUUUGGGAAAUUGUGGAAAAAGUAAACAUAUUUUAAAUUAAUUUAAAGCAUAUUUUUGCAAUGACAGAAACAUCUUUUAACGAAAAUAUUAUAUUUUAAAAAAUACAAUCAAGUGCGUUUAAAAAUAUAUAAUUUCCAAAAAGUGCUUUUUAAUUUAAGCCGGUUUUUUGAAAAAAAUUUCAAUUCUGAGUGAAAAGUUUUUUUUUUUUUUUUGGCUGAUCAUCAUUAUAUUAAAAGUGCCAAAAACAAUAAGCAGACAAACGGCAAAAGAAACAGAAUACAAAAGCAAUUUUAGCGAAAAGAGCUCACCAACAAUCAGCCAACCAACAAUAAACAAGAAAAAGAAGUGGUUAAGGAAGACUUGGCUGGCUGGCUGACUAGCUGAAUGACUGACUUGCCACUAAAUACAGUUUAUUGGCCUUGACAACUCAACUAAAGAAGAUCUACCACUUUGGGCUGUGUGUAUUUCUAACCCAUCAAAUACAAUAGAAAACCAAAGCAAAACAUUUGAAAUCUUACACGGAAAUUCAAUAUAUUCCUAAAGAGACAUAAGACGACAAGACAAGAGCUACAAAACGAGUCCAUUUUUUUUUUUUUUUUUUGUUAGAAGAAGAACAGCAAUCUCGUUGUCAUCGUAACAAAUACAGUGUAAUGAAACAUAAAACGAGACGUUUAAAGAUCAAUAAAAUUAAACGACGUUAUCGUAUAAGUUUAAUUGAAUUUAAUGAAAAUAAAUUUAUUCAAAAACAAAACAAUAACAACAACAACAACAGUCCAGAAAAGUGAAAAAAUUACUUAUUUAAGUGUCGAAAUUUUUUGUGUUCAAAAAAAUUUUUGUUUUCUCUAAUUAAACUUUAAACGAGCAAAUAAUCAACAACAAUUUAAACCAUUUUUUUGUUUGUGAAUGUAUGUGGUUUGUCCUAAAAACAGCAACAUAAAUAUUGCAUGCAACAGCCGUCGUCAACGUCAUCAGCAUCGUUGUUGAUGCCACAGAAAAUAUAUACAACAACAUAAAAAAGUUCAAUAACCCAAAAACUGCAGCAGACUUUAUGAAAACAUUUUUGUUCUAAAUAAAACUUAAACACAAUUUUCUGCCAAUUUAAAGAAAUUUUUAAAAAACAAGAACUAAAUUUUUUAAGAAAAAUAGUGUCAUAUCAAUAAAAUUCGAAAUUUCCUCAAUUAAACUCAAAAUUUUGAAAAAAAAAAAUCUUAAAUUUUUUUUAAUAUUUUUUAUUUUUGAAAAAUAUUUUUAAAGAAAUAAAACGAUUUUAAGAAAAAAUUUUAAAUGCAUAAGAAAACAAAAUUUUGUAUUUUUAAAUUAAUAAAGAUCAAAGAUCUUCUUAAUUGAACAGCAACGCACACAAAAAAAAAAACGAAAACAAAAAUCAAAACAAAAAUAAAAAUAAAUUUUUGAAAAUAAAGUGAAAAAAACGAAAAUUUCCCCCCAAAAACAACAACAGCCACAAAAAUUAAAAGAAAAGUGUGGCAGCCAAAACAACAACAACAGCAUUAAACACAAAAACCACAGCAAUAGCCCCAAAACAACAGUCUGCAACAACAACAUUUAUAAACAAGCAUUUUUGUUUUUUUUUUUGUAAUAAAAAGGGAAUAAAUUUGGUGCAAAAGUACCCAAAUAUGGUACUGCAAAAUCAUAAUACAAUAGCAGCACGUUCCCUAACCUCUACAACAAAUUCAGGAAAUACUGCCCACUCAACUGCCUCACCCGCUACAGACACCGCCAGAGUAGCCUACAGAAUGUCGCAACAAAGACCUAUAGUUGAUUUACUGGUGGCCAUGAUUGCCGUCCCCAUUUUAAUAUUGUGUGCCUUACAGUUGGAAAAGAAUCUUCAUGAUAUGGCCAAUAGUCCUGAGAGUCGGUGGCUAGUGUUUGCUUUAGGUAUUGGCAUGCUAAUUGUUAGUGUUAUUAUUUGUGGUUAUGUUACGCAUCGCAUGGGCGUUUGCAUUUGGGCUGGUCCCAUCGAUGAGGUGGGCAAUCGGGUGGGAAGUGGAAGUGGCGGUAGUCGUGGGGUAACACAUAUCAAUUCCCAAAAUGAUAUUCUACGGAUAGUAGAUUCACUGCCUCCCAGCUAUGAUAGUGUAGUAAAAUUCGAUAUACCACCACCGCCCUAUGACUGUCUAGUCAUUGAUAUGGAACAAUGUAAAGAUGAACCAGAAACCGAAGAUAAGCCCACAGUAUCAACACAAAAUUCAACGGUUCAUAUGUAAACACUCGCCGAUAAAAAAUCAACGUAGGAAUAUAAACUACUUUAAAUGGGAUGUGGCUUUAAGAUCCCAUUGGGAGAGAGAAUUGAAAAGAGAUUGAAAUAAUUUUGUUAAACAAAAUAUUUCUUUUUACACAAAAUCAAGAAAACAACAAAAAAAAAGCAUGAUGUUAGAAAUGUAUUUAUGAAAAAAAGAAAAGUGCAUUUAGAAUUGGAAAAUCAUUUGCUGAAAGAAUGAAAAAGAGUUUUUGGAAAAAAAUUGGACUAUAGUUUCAAAAUAAGAAAAUGAAAGGAAAUCUUUUAUACAAUUUUAUUUAGUUUUUUAAAGAAAAAAAAUACCACUUUUUUCCACUACAUAUUUAAGAUAAAACCCGAAAAAAGUUGGUUAAAUAAUAUUUAUAAAAAUUGUUAAUAAAUAUAAUUCCAUUUAACCUUGUAAUAAGUGAAAAACCAACCAGCUUUUUUAGCUUAAGUUUAACUUUUAUAAAUCAAAAUAAAAAUACAACAAUUCAUCUAGUCCAAAAAUAAAUCUGUAAUGUACUACUUAAUAACAAUUAUACCUUUUUUAUAAAUAGUGCAUAACAACUUUGCUUACACGUUUCUUUUAAUGUAUAAAAUCAUGUAAAAUAUAUAUAUUUGUGUUAUUUAUGUAUAAAUUUAAUUCAUACAUAUAAACUUUAGUUUCAACGAUAUAUUCAUUUUAACAAAGUAUUCUUAGGUAUAGUUUUUAUUGAAAUAUACAUAAUUUGUAAAUACUUGGCUUUAUUGUUUUUAAGUUUAGUUUUAAAAAAAUAUUUAAGAAAGUAAUAAACAAAAAUAUAAAGUAAAUUAUAACAG